UCCGCUCGGGGCUUUUCCCGAGCCCCCUAACUCACCCAAAGCCCACCCCUCCUCCAUCUCCAAAGCCCACUCCCCACCCCACCCCGACUCCAAGAGGCGGGCAAGGCAUUGAUUUGCAAGGACGCCCGGGGGCGCUGGGUUGCAACUCCUUCGCAACUCCGGGGAGGAGGAGGAGGAGGAGCCGGUGGGCGAGGCGGGGCCUGGCCGGCCUUCCUUCCUUCCGCGCACGUGGGGCAGCAGCCAGUCGAGCCGCGAUCCGGCGGAGGGAACCAUGGCGGAGGCUGCGGUCCGAGAAGCCGAAGUCCGGCUGGCCGCUUGUUUGGAGGAGACGCUGGGCAGCCGCCGAUGCGCCAACCGCGUCUUCGAGAUCCUGGAGCUUUUGCAGGCCGAGGACAAGGAGAUAAUCCUGUGUGCUAUCCGGACGUGCAGCCGCCUCUUCGGAGCUUUACUCACACGGGGCGAACUCUUUGUAGGCAAACUUCCCCCUGAGGAAGACUCUGUCCAAGGAAAUUACAGUGCAGAAGAGAAAUAUAAAAUUUGGAUGAGACAUCGUUACAACAGCUGUACCGCUUGUCUGGGGGAACUGAUGGGACAUGAAGCUUUCCAGGUCAAAGAAACUGCUCUUUGUACCCUGAUGAAAUUUGUUGAAUUGGAAGCCAAACACCCUUUGGUCAAGAACGAAUGGAGUUUCAAUUUCCCGCAGGAGCUUUUACAAGUAGUGGUGGGGGGUCUAAUCCAGACUGAUCAGAAUUCCUCGCUCCUCAUCUCGCGUUUCCAGGAAUACAUGGAACAGGAUGAUGUCCGGUUCUUUGUGAUGAAAGCGGUGGCCGAAAACCUGGGCAACGUGAUGCCAAAGGCCAAACAGGCUCCCUUUCCGAUUUACCAAAAGAAUGCCUUCGCUCUCAUUUCGUCCAUUGUCAUGCCGAGUGAGGAAAGCGAGAUAAAAAGUUUUCUGGUGAAACACGCUAAUCAGGAAGAAUGGAAAGUGUCCAAACUAAAGGAACACAGACGGGCCUUUGAGAGGAUGUGGCUUGGAUUCCUGAAAUACAAGCUACCUGGUAGCCUCUACAAAAAAGUGUUGGUCAUCCUACAUGACUCCAUCUUGCCCCACCUGAAUGAGCCCACCCUCUUGAUGGAUUUCCUGACCGUCGCUUAUGAUGUUGGUGGAGCCAUCAGCCUUCUCGCCUUGAAUGGACUGUUUGUUCUGAUUCUCCAACAUAACCUGGAAUAUCCAGAUUUCUACACAAAGCUCUACAGUCUUCUGGACUCUUCUAUCUUCCAUGUAAAAUACCGAGCCCGGUUCUUCCGUUUGUUGGACUUGUUCUUAUCUUCGUCGCACUUGCCAGCGUACCUGGUGGCAGCUUUUGCCAAACGCCUCUCCCGCCUGGCGCUCGCGGCCCCGCCUGAUGGUUUGCUGAUCGUCAUUCCUUUCAUCUGUAACCUCUUGAGGAGGCAUCCAUCCUGCCUGGUGCUCAUCCACAGGCCCAACGGCCCAGCAGAGAUGCCGGAGGAUCCUUAUAAGAUGGAUGAAAAAGAGCCUUUGGAAAGUAGGGCUCUGGAGAGCUCCUUGUGGGAAAUAAAGACGCUGCAGAACCAUUAUCAUCCUGACGUUGCCAAAGCUGCGGAAGAAAUUAACCUGCCCCUCUCUCAGAUGGAACAGGAUUUGUCCGAGAUCCUAGAAUUGACAACCUUUGAGAGGUGGUUCUGGUUAGUUCUGAAUUUCAACAUUGGCCAGCAGAGGGCAGCAACAACUGUCGGAAGUUUUAAGAAAAACAAAAAAACAACAACCCAUGGCUAGUAGCAAGACGGCAAUGACCAGGUAGUCCUCGACUUAUGCCCUUAAUUGAGUUCAACAUUUCUAUUGUUAAGCGAGACAGAUGUCAAGUGAAUUUGGCCUCAUUUACGAGGCCAU